UGUUUUCAUUACCUGUUUUGAUUUUGUUUUACUUUCAUAUUUAAAUGUAGUUUCAUUCUCUUACACCCUCGGUGGUUUUAGAGUUCCUUUUGCCAUGUCUGCAGUAAGUCUGGAUAUCACCUGUGGGCUUGUGAUUGGACAUGGUUUAGCAGUUUGUGGGGAGAUGACUGGGACAUACUUUUAUCACCAGCCUAACACGCAGUCAGUCAAGUUGUGUUAGGCAGGAACUUGUUCCUAUAGCCUUAAUUCUGCUCUGUAUUUCCACUGAACAAGACAAGUCUUCUCACUACAUGUCUGAGACUUGCAGGGCAGGAAUGCAAGGCUAUUAAAUAGACGGAUAUUGCAAAAAUGUAAUAAUGUUGUUUAGGAUUGGUGGAGGUUGGUAUUUGUCAGCCAAUCUUCAAAGAUUCAUUAAAAACAUAGGAAAUGUAUUUCACAUGUGUUAGUCAGGAAAAUACAGAUACCCUUUAGAGAAGAUUGACUGCUGUGAAGAAAAAAAACAAUCUACAAAGGCAGCUGACACAAGACAAUGCGAUUGUCUUUUUUUGCCAUUUGAGAUUCAGAAUUACUAGUUUAAUCUUUACAUGUCCUGAACUAAAAUGCAUGCCAGGAGGAAGUGACAACUUCUGUCCCUGCAGGUCAGUUUUUGCAGGACAUCUGAGACGAUGUGUUUGGAGCCAAGCAUACUCUGAACUGCAUCUCCCAGCAGCCCUUGCUUGCUGACGGGAGGAAGCUGUCGCUCUGCUUCCUUCUGGACUUUGGCAGAGACUUUAAGCCUGGAAAGCCGCAGGCUCCCGGCAUUCGCAUUUCACACAGCCCGAGUCUUACCAAAAGCAGCAGGCUCCUCUCCCCUCCCACGGAGCCCGAUGGCGGUGCAGGUGACCGUUCUGCCUUCUCUCAGGUGUCUGUUUGACGACCCCGUUCAGAUCCGUGUGACGGGACUCGUGCCGCAGCAGAGGGUCACGCUCAGAGCCUGCCUUCUGGAUGAGGCUGGGGAGCUCUUCCAAGCCCACGCUCACUACAGGGCUGAUGGCAGUGGGGAGCUUGAUCUGACCCAUUGCCCAGCGCUGGGGGGCAGCUAUUCUGGAGUGGAGCCCAUGGGAUUGCUGUGGUCUCUGCGGUCCAAAACACCAUAUAAGCGGCUGGCAAAGAGGAACGUCCUGACCCCUUUCUGUGUAGACUUGGAAGUAUAUGAGGGCCAUGGGGACAUGAGCCGGUUGCUGGGAAAAUGCACCCAUGAGCGGUGCUUUUUAGGAGAGGGAGUGAAGAGGAUUUCAGUCAGAGAAGGUCGGCUUAAAGCAACUCUCUUCCUCCCUCCUGGGCCUGGACCAUUCCCUGGUCUUAUUGAUCUGUAUGGAUCUGGAGGAGGACUUGUUGAAUACAGAGCAAGUCUUCUGGCUAGCAGAGGCUUUGUGACUCUAGCUCUGGCUUACAUGGCCUUUGAAGAUCUGCCUGCUAUGCCAGAGAUUCUUGAACUGGAUUAUUUUCAGGAGGCUAUAGACUUUUUGCAUAAGCAGCAGCAGGUGAAAGAUGCUGGGAUUGGCGUUUUGGGCUUGUCUAAAGGAGCUGAUCUAGCCCUUUCCAUGGCCACGUUUCUACCUGGCAUCAAGGCAGCUGUCAGCAUAUCUGGAAGUGGCUUAAAUUCUUUCAUUCCCCUAAGGGGAGAUGGCUUCACUAUUCCUGCCCACCCAUAUGACUUGGGGAGAAUGAAGACCAGUGAGGAGUCUGGUCUUGUAGAUUUUUCAGAUAUCCUAGAUGAUCACAGAGACCCAGCGACUUGGGAUAGUCGCAUUCCCAUGGAGAAGUCCUUGGCCAAGUUCCUUUUCCUGUCAGGGCUGGAUGACAAGAACUGGAAAAGUGACCUUUACUGCCGGGAUGCUGUUCAGCGCCUUAAUCAGUGUGGACAGAAGGCGGAGUUUUGCUCCUAUUCUGGAGCAGGGCACCUUUUGGAGCCACCAUAUCUGCCUCUGUGCCAGUCUUCAAUCCACAAAGUGCUUGGGGUGUUUGUGCAGUGGGGAGGGCAGUGGAGGGAGCAUGCCAGAGCACAAGAAGAUGCCUGGCACAGGAUACAGGCCUUUUUCUGGAAACACCUGAUGAACUCAGACAUUCCUAAGAGCCACCUGUAGUAGAGGUAUUGCUGUCAGCAGUGGCGGCAGGAUUAGUAUUUCAUUUCUUACUGUAUUAAGGCCAAAAUCUUCCUGAAUAAUUUCCCAUUUUUGAGUACUAUUUUGCCCCCAGGUGCAGUGUAGACUGACACCAUCUGAUCUGCCUGUGUGCUGGAGAAGACCCAGCAUGGUGACAUGCAGGUUGCAUUUGUACUGAGCUGGCUUUGCCUUCAGUCUCUGUUCCUCUCCCCUUGCAGCAGAAAAUACUCUCAAAGGAGAGACCUCCAUUGAAUUGUACUACACCUUUAAUUAACCCAGAUACAAACAGUGGCUUUUUGGAAUAAUGUAUCAGUACAUGCACUUACCUUUCCUCUUGGAAUAUUAUUUGCUCACAUUUUUAUAGGAAAAUGGUGCUACGUUUUGGAUCCCAGCUGAGUGAAGAAGCACUCUUCUGAUUUAUUCUGAAGUGCAGAAAUAACAUUUGUUUCUGAUACUUCAAAAACCAGAAGAAAUAAAUCUUAUUGAGGUUACAAUGGUAGUAUCUCCUGCUGAUUCCAGAUAUGCAUGUCAGUAUAGAAUACAUGUCAGACUGAAGUUUGCACUGCACUACUCAAUAAAUAAAAUAUGUCUGUGUGUA